CUGGAACCCCAACGGUCCGCCCAACAUGACCGGUGUCACAAUGCCAAACAGUGUCGGGACAGCGGCGACCAGGAUCUUUCAGGCACAAGCACAAGCACAAGUACAAGCAGCAGUACAUCCACAUAUCCGGCCAGCGGGCUUCCAGAAGAACACGACGCACAGCACAACUAAGCCUUAGUCCGGGCCCGUCAAUGUCGUGCCGUCUGCGGACCUGUUCGUCCAUUCGCAACCAUGUCGCCUCCGAGCCCCAUCUUCCGCAUCUUUAAUCCGAACAAGAAGAGCAAGGAAGCCCAGGCCGAACAAAGGCGCGAGCAGCUCCGCCGGGCCCAAAACACAUAUCGCCAGCGCAAGGUCCGCUACGUCAAAGACCUCGAGGGUGCCCUGUCCAAGUCGCAGCAGCGCGAGCACAGGCUCGCGGCGCAGCUCGACAACCUUCGGCGCGCCUGCGAGCACCACGGCAUCACCGUGUCGCCAUCGGGGCUGUCGCCCAGCCCGCCUCCGCAGCCGCACGCGUCGGCCACUCUCCAUGGGGUCUCACUGACAACCCGGGUCUGUGACGUCGACCAGGCCACGCUCGGCAUGACCUUUGUGCUCAAGUUAAAGAACCAUGCUUGCACCACGUCCACGGCGAUCCCAAGAAGCCCGACGAGCCAUCAGGCCAUCGAGCAAUACUCCUCCCCUUCCCCACCCUCGCACAGGUUCCACUCCCGCUUCAUCAAAGCCUCGCCUGGCUCCAGCACAAACGUCUCUUCGACCGGGUCCUCGCCCUCGUCAUCAUGGCCAUCCCCAUUGCUGGCCUCUGCGACAGGGGACACUCCGCCAGCAGUGAUCCUAGACCGGCUACUCGCGCUUGCGCCAGACGUUGUGGCAGACGAGGCCAGUAGCGACGGGAAUGGUGGCGGUAGUGCUGGAAGCGGUCUCACCCCGAUCCAGGCAUGGGAUCAGAUCCGCCGACAGCCAGUGCUGGGUAGUCUGGACCUGCGGACUAUCAUGGGGCUGGCGGAGAAGCUCAAGGACGAGGUGAAAUGUCACGGCUUCGGCGCGGUGGUCGACUUCCACGUGUUUGAGAAGCUUGUUGUCGAGUUCAUGACGUCGCAGAUCUCGUUCACAACUGCUUAAGUCAGGCGACUAGUAGAUAUGUCUUGUGCGAUUUCCGAUUCACGAGAAGUGCAGCCUAUUCGACCGGGCAACCUCAUUGACAGAACAGACUACGGCCAGGCAGUGAAGAGCAGCUGUGGCCUGGAGAAGCCGAGUGGC